AGAUCAACAGCUCGUAUCAGAAUGGUGAACAGAUCGUUGCUGCUGCUGUUCCUAAUUCCCUUGGUGGUGUCUCCCGUAUGGGGUGCCAACAUAUUGGGAUUAUUCAGCACAUUUAGUCCGUCCCAUUUAAUUGUGCACAUGUCGAUGAUGCGGACUCUGGCGGAUCGAGGACAUAAUAUAACCAUUGUGUCCAUGUUGACACCCAAACUGACACGGCACGAGAAUAUAACCUUGAUCCUGGCACCACCGAGUGAAGAGAGCAUGAAUGGAUUAAGCGAAAUUCUGGAGAGAUCAUCAAAGAAGAAAAUAGGCAUGGGGAAAACAAUGAUCAAUACGCUGACACAGUCGGUAUCCUUUCUGACCAUUCAAUAUGAAUUUCUGUUGCAUCCCAAUGUCAAGGCCAUUUAUGAGAAUCCCCAGGUCAAGUUUGAUCUCGUUGUGCAGGGCUACGUGUUGAACGACUUUCAAUUGGGCGUGGCUGCCAAGUUGCAAGUGCCCGCAAUCCUCAGCUGGGUUGGAGUUCCCUUCACAUUUGUCGACGAUAGCGUUGGCAACAUUUACGAUCCUUCCUAUGUGCCCAGCAUGUCGGACACACAAUCAACGGGCUUCCGGUGGCGUAUGCGAAACUUCGUCACUUGGACACUCUUCAAGUGCAUUGGCAUUGGCAUCGAGUACCACAUGAACAAAUACUACGAGCUGGCUUUUGGAAAUGAUUCCAGCUUACCCAGCUACGAUGAAGUGAAGCAAAGGAUCUCGUUGCUCUUCUACAAUUAUCACUCCCAUAGUGAGGGACCUGUGCGUCCAACGGUGCCGCAGUCCAUUGAAAUUGGUGGCAUACAGAUCAAGGAGCAACCGGAUCCCUUGCCCAAGCAACUGGCCGCAUUUUUGGAUAAUGCCACAGAUGGUGCCAUCUUCUUCAGCCUGGGCACCAAUGUCAAGGUCAAAUACUUUGAGCCCCACAUCAUGGAGACCCUCUACAAGGUGCUGUCCCGUCAGUCCCUGCGUGUUAUUUGGAAAUGGGAUGAUCAGCUUCCAAAGCCGGGGAAUGCAUCAAACAUAUACUUCAGCAACUGGCUACCCCAAGACGAUAUCCUGGCUCAUCCGAAUACCAAGCUAUUCAUCACACACGCUGGCAAAGGGGGCGUGGCAGAGGCCCAGUUUCAUGGUGUGCCGAUGCUGGCGUUGCCAGUCUUUGGUGAUCAGCCGGGAAAUGCUCAGAAUAUGGUAACUUCAGGCUUUGGACGCAGCCUGGAGCUGCUUACGAUCGAGGAGGAACACCUGGAGGAGGCCAUAAAAGAGAUCAUGCAUAAUCCCGUGUAUCGGGAUAAUGUACGCAAAUUCUCAGCCCUAUAUCGCGAUCGUCCUCUCACGGCACGGCAAUCCGUCAUCUACUGGACGGAGUAUGUGAUGCGUCACAAUGGAGCCUAUCAUCUGCGAAGUCCCAGCUUACGGCUCGGAUUUGUCGCACGCUACAAUAUCGAUGUGUACGCCGUUCUCCUGCUGAUCUUCUGUGGCUCUUUGAUCAUUUUCGUGUUGCUCCUCCGACUUUUGUUCAGAACUAUUUGCCAGCGACGACAAUCGGUGAUCAAGGUCAAGAGCAAUUAAUCAAAUUCAACAGAGUUGAUUCUAAUUGAUAUAGUGAUAUUGUUAAGCAUACGACACGAUGUGCGGUGCAAGUGCAAUUAUAUAGUAAACUACCUCCACGAUUACAAAAUCGAGAUAAAACAUACAUAUCUACACUUGUACAAACAUGUACAAUCAUGAUUACAUUCUCUUAUUAUUAUAUGUAAGAAUCAACAAGUUUCCAAUACUCGCACUGACUAUUAAUAGUUGUCAAUUGUCUCUCUCGCUCUCUCGCUUGCUCUCUUGCUCUCGCUUUAUGUGUGUGAUCAUGAACACUGAGCAAAAAAUUAUUAGAUUAAAGAUAAAAGAAUUUAUAGAAACCUACUGGAAAUACAAGAUCAAAUACAUGAAGA